GGAAUAUCUAAUGAGUAUAAAUGAAAAUCCAUCGUUGGGUUUCUCGUAGUGUAGUUUGUGUGAUUGAAGACUGUUGUGGUGUUCAUUAAUGAUUCGCAUUGGAUCGGCAAGCCAAGAUUAUCCAAUAUGUUCGUCGCAACAAUUAUCAUUUCAUCGAUAAUAAUCAUAGUGGAAGCAGCCCCUAGUAGUGUCUCCGCAGUUGGUUCAGCUGAACUCAGUGGAACUGUUCCGAAAAUAUUCACAUUCGACCAUGGAAAUGUCGGCGUCAAUUUCCUAGGAUAUAAAGCUUCGGCUGGCCUUGGUGGUCUCCUGACAGGUAAUUCAGCAGAUGGUGGACUUCACGCAGAAGCUGAAACACCUUUUGGACAAGCAGCACGCGCUGGUCUAGGCGGAUCUGUAGAUGGUGAAGGAGGAUCUACUGGUGGACUAUAUGCAGGAGCUACAGCAGGAAGUGGUGUGUCAGCCGUAACAGGCUUGGAAGGCCAGGCGGGAGGCUCAGGAACGUAUUCGAAUGCUUAUAGCGGUACUUCAGCAGGUGGAGUUUACAAAACAAGAACGAAAGUCAAGACUUUUGCCAGUCCAGCUCUAGAAUUAGAAACGCAUAAAGAGUUUGUACAACCUGCAGUAUUCCACAAACGUUUGGAUAUCUCUGCUGGACCAAUUCUACACAAAGAAGUAGAAGUUGUUGAAGAGGUCAAACCCCAGAAGACUUACAUUGAAAGAACUGUGAUACCUAACUACGAGGAAAAGACAAUCUACGUGCCAAGCUAUGUUGAAAAAACCAUAAAAGUGCCAACAGUGGUGGAGAAGAAAGUUAGAGUACCAGCUGCGCCAACCAUAAUAGAAAAAGCAGUUGAUGUACCACCGUCUGACGUCAAGUUUGAUUCAAAGGUAACAGGAUUUGUUGGUCCAGCACCAGUCGCAGUUUAUACCAAAACGAAGACGAAGCUUCGACGUGGUCAUCCUCAUUUGAGGAAACAUUUCUUUUUUGGAGGAGGAGGAAGUAUCGGUGGAGGAUAUGGAGGAGGAUAUGGAGGAGGUUAUGGUGGGACAAAUGGAUAUGGAGCCUCAAAUGGAGGAUUAGAUGGGUCCAGCAGCCUUACAUACUCUAAAUCAGUCAACGCCGAUGUUGUCAACGAUGCUUUCAACAUUCCGAUAGCCACAUUAGGUGCUGUAAGUAAGUUAGUGGGAGGAUUAUUUGGAGGAGGUGCUUCCAUUUCUGUAAACAAAUCCUUUGGUGCCGGAGGAGCAUAUUACAAAUAGUAAAUAACCCAGAUGAUAAUGUAUUUUCUGACAAAACGAGAACAAUACUCAGUUGAUUUUGUAUGUGCCUUUACAUAAAAUUAUAAUGAAGAAAUAAAUACUCAUUAUAUCUAUGUUGAAAAGCCAG